AUGAGAUUCGAUCACGCCACAAAAGAAUAUAAAUUAGUUGCUCACAAGAAUUCAUCCACAGUUGUGACUAUGACUCGAAGUAAACAAUCACCAGCUGCUAUGAGACACGACAGGCAUUAUCAAAGGUCUCCACUCGGCGACUUGCGAGGAAUACCAAAGAAAGAAGGAGCCGGUCAAUACAAUUGGGGCAAUGUAACUGUAGAGGCCGCCACUGAAUUAGAUGAACAUUAUGAACUUAUGGAUAACUUCCCAAAAUAUGAUUUGGAGAAGGAUGCUGAGACAGAAACAGAUCGACGGUCCAGCAAAGUAGAAGUUGUUGAUUCCAAUCGAUUUGAGGAAUUGCGAGCAGCUACGGCUGAGGAACAAGAAGUUCAAAAGUGA